AUGCCUGAAUCUAGCGUGCUAUACUUUCUUUCCAAUUGCAUUAUUGUAAAUCCUAUCCACCAGGCAUCAACUGUAGUUGCGUUUGGAUUAACGAAAGCAACGAUGUCUGCUACAAAGAUUAUCACACCGACCGUGACGUCCUUGUCGACCGAGCCAUUCUUCGGGUUCAAGGAGUCUCGGUUUCUGUCCACAGGGGCCUCCACCAACGGCCCAGAGCGAAAGCAGAAGAACGUAUACUCCGAGGCCAAGGUCAAUGAUGAUGGCUACACCAAGGGGGAAUCAGAGACUCGGCCGGUCGACAAAACAGUCACGUUGAUAAUGGACGUGAUUGAGAGAUUCAGCCUCCAGCAACACGGGAACGAGGUUUUUCUCGGACGUCAGGUGUUUUCGCCUCACGUCCAUCGCCAUGUCGCGGAGGGGCGCAGGAUCCCCAUGGUGCUUCCAGCGUUUCCGGCAAAGAGCAUCAAUUGUGUCGACAAAGUCUUUGGCCCUCAGCCUGAUCUGGGAGAAGAGCUGGCGCUGGACAGGCUGAACGAUCUCUGCUCUCAGAUCCAACGUGUUUACAAGCCCGGGGCGACAGUGCUCAUCGCGACCGACGGUGCAUGUUACAACGAUCUAACGGGGGUCACGAAUGACGACCUGUGGCAUUACGGCGUCACUCUGCGCGAGAUGGUCGCUGCCAAAGGAUACCGAUGUAUCGAAUUCGUGCGCAUCAUGAAUCUCUUGGGGCUCUACAGCGAGCCCACAAUCACCAAAGAACUCUUUAUAAGUCUUCUCGAGCCUUCUCGACAGGAGCUCAUGAGACGAUACGUGAAUCCCGACUUUGAUGCAAACGCCUGCAUCAAGAACGACCCCGACUACAAGACGACAUUCGACGGCUACGCAAAGUUUCUGAAGAAGGAUCUUGCCUAUGGCCCUAUCCGAAACUCGGCUACCAGUGGGAAAAAGUACAAAGCAAAGGUUCACGAGACAGCCAAAGCAAUGAUUGCACGAGGGGUGGCGUUCGCGGAGCUUAUACGCGAGAAGCUCCCACACCAUGUGAGACUUUCCAUUCAUCCGUCGACGGGCAUGACCAAGAUAUCGAUGGCCUUGAUCCCUCAACCGGACUCGUUUUCCAUGACUCCCUGGCACUGCACGGUAGCCGUCGACGUCCACGGUAAUUUCAAGGUCGGGCACGUCUCCGUGUUUAGAGACGCCCACGAGCUCGUCUACAAGGACGGGCGGCCGUACUUCUUCAGAGAAAAGUCGCCGCUGUAUUCCUGGGAUGCGAAGGUGGAGUUUGAGCAUCUAUAUGGCGGAGAACUCGUCAUACAUAACGCCGGGGGGCCAGGGCAAACGAGAGACUCAUUGUCGAACUCUGACAAGAGAAAGCUGGCUUCGCUUACCUUACUUCAAGGUAGAGUUCGUUUUGAGGGGUUUUUGUAG